CUGGACCCUUUUCAUGGCACCCCUCUGGAUUUACACCAGUUGAUGUUUUUUUCUCUCUCGGAGACUAAAAACUUGUGAAGGUUUGAACUUUGCGGAUUUGACGCACUCCUUUUGCUUCUUUUUGCCCUGAAGUGCAGAGAGGAGAGAGCACGCACAGGCCGGGUCUGACGGUCCUCCAGCAGUCACCUCUGUCAAAGAUGCUGAACGACAUUAAAAUAGAAGACCGUCUGCGCACCGACGCGAGCUCUCUGGAUCAUCUGAUCGGCGCUGAAUCCCCGCAGCAGGCCGUGUGCGAAGGCUGCACGCGGAUCAUCUCAGACCGCUUCCUGAUGCGGGUCAACGACGCGUCCUGGCAUGAGGAGUGCCUUCAGUGCGCCGCGUGCCAGCAGCCGCUCACCGCCACCUGCUACUGCAGGGACAGCAAACUGUACUGCAAGGCCGACUACCAGAGGUUGUUUGCCACCAAGUGCAGUGGCUGUCUGGAGAAGAUAGCACCCACAGAGUUUGUAAUGCGAGCUCUGGAGAGUGUUUACCACCUCAGCUGCUUCUGCUGCUGCAUCUGUGAACGCCAGCUCUGCAAGGGAGACGAGUUUGUGCUCAAAGAAGGUCAGCUGCUGUGCAAGACUGACUAUGAGAGGGAGAAAGACCUGCUCAGCACAGUCAGUCUCGACAACUCAGACUCAGAUAAGAGUGAGGAUGAGGAUCUGGAUGUAAAGUCAGCGAAGUGCCCUGCAGGAGGGAAAGGCAGCGAUGACAGCAAAGAUCCUCGCAGACCCAAACGUCCACGCACCAUCCUCACCACCGUGCAGAGGAGAGCGUUCAAGGCCUCCUUUGAGGUCUCCUCCAAACCCUGCAGAAAGGUGAGAGAGACCCUGGCUGCAGAGACAGGACUCAGUGUACGUGUGGUCCAGGUUUGGUUCCAGAACCAGAGAGCAAAGAUGAAGAAGUUAGCCCGCAGACAACAGCAACAGCAGGAGCAACACAACAGCCAAAGGCUAGGCCAAGAGGUGAUAUCAGGUUGUUUGGAGGGCCUGCUCAGCUCCUACUCAGGGCCUCUAGCUCCAAACCAGCAGCAGCAGUUGGUGACCAUGGAACACAACAGCUACAGCGCUGACCCCUUCCAGCAGGGCCUCACCCCACCACAGAUGCCCGGUGACCAUAUGAACCCCUAUGGUACAGACUCCAUCUUCCACGACAUUGACAGUGACACCUCUCUGACAAGUCUAAGUGACUGCUUCAUGGCCACUCCAGAUGUAGGGUCCUUUCAGGCUCGAGCAGGGAACCCCAUUGACCGCCUGUACUCCAUGCAGAGCUCCUACUUUGCCUCCUGAGACCCCGCCAUCAUUUUUGGUACAACCUCAGCCACCAUACCAUCUUCAGGCCAGGCCAUGACCAGUGAGUACACAACAGUACAGAUGCAAGACCCACAGGUCACGGAAUCUCACGGAAAUCCACCAAAUAUACCUGACUGACCUCCACCAGCCAAAGGAAAGGGAAAACUUGAAACUGAAAUUUCACAUGCCUCCACAUGCC